GGAAACAAACCGAAGGCGCGGGAUCCCCCCUUCUCUUGUUUUCCAGCAUGGGGAAGACGGACUUCCUCAGCCCCAAGGCGAUCGCCAACCGCAUCAAAUCGAAGGGGCUGCAAAAGCUGCGCUGGUAUUGCCAGAUGUGCCAGAAGCAGUGCAGGGACGAGAAUGGCUUUAAAUGUCAUUGCAUGUCCGAGUCUCACCAGAGACAGCUACUGCUUGCCUCGGAGGACCCUCAGCAGUUCAUGGAUUACUUCUCAGAGGAAUUCCGGAACGAUUUCUUAGAACUGCUCCGAAGACGAUUUGGAACGAAGAGAGUCCACAAUAACAUCGUGUACAAUGAAUACAUAAGCCAUCGGGAACAUAUCCAUAUGAACGCCACUCAGUGGGAAACACUGACCGAUUUUACCAAGUGGCUGGGGAGAGAAGGCUUCUGCAAGGUGGACGAAACCCCCAAAGGCUGGUACAUCCAGUACAUCGACCGAGACCCUGAGACGAUCCGCCGGCAGCAGGAACAGGAGAAGAAGAAAAAGCAGGACUUGGACGAGGAGGAGAAGACGGCCCGGUUCAUCGAAGAGCAAGUCAGGAGAGGCCUGGAGGGGAAGGAGCAGGAAACCCCGGUCUACACAGAACUAAACCGAGACAACGACGAAGAGAAAGUGGUAUUUAAUUUGAACAAAGGAGCAAGCACUUCCACAGCGCCACAGCCUAAACCCAGUUUAUUCGGGCCCAGCGGGCUGAAGACGGCAGGAACAGCACCAACGGUGAAGCGCAAAGACAUUCCUCCCGCCCCGGGGGAGUCUAAAGAAAAGAAGAGAAAGACAGCACUGGAGGAGAUCAUAGAGUUUGAAGAAGCGAAGAAGAAAUCGGCUCGGACUGACUACUGGCUGCAGCCUGAAAUUGUGGUCAAGAUCAUUACGAAGAAACUCGGUGACAAAUACCAUAAAAAGAAGGCCAUCGUGAAGGAAGUUAUCAACAAGUACACAGCGGUUGUCAAGUUGAUUGAUUCCGGAGACAAACUGAAACUCGACCAGACACACCUGGAGACCGUGAUUCCCGCACCAGGCAAAAAGGUACUGGUUUUGGAUGGUGGCUACAGAGGAAACGGAGCUACUUUAGUGUGCAUAAACGAGAAAACGUUUUCGGCAACAAUACUCAUCGAAUCGGGGCCUCUAAAGGGACGCCAGGUCGAAGGCGUGCCGUAUGAAGACAUCUCCAAACAGGCUUGAAUGGCGAAGGCCGACGGACUCUUGAAAAGUAUCCAGCCUGAAGGUGCCCCCGAACUGCAACCGCCCCCUGUGCCAGCGCUGGAGUUUUUACAAUCUGUUUGCAGAUCCAAACUAAAGAAGCGGGGUCUUAUU